CUACCAUGUAGUGGAUAUUUGAGGAAAAAGAGAAGCCAAAUAAAUAAAUAAUAAGAAAAGCCAAACAAACAAACUUUCCAUUUGUCAUACAGAUCAAUCCUGGUAACUGAAUUGGAGCUUCCUAAAUUGGAGCUGAGACCGAGUUGGUGGCACAUAGUCACAUUAUAUAGCACCCGAAGUCAGCCCUUCUCCGCGCCGCCCACACGCUUGGUGAACAUGCUUUGCUAUGGCCCUUUAGUAGGAAUGGGACGACGUGACUUACCCUUAUUUUAAGCAGCAUUUAAUACACUAAGCUAAGCCGCUUCACCUUGAAUAAUAGCUACGCGUGUAUGUGGGCAGAAAAAGCAGCCCAAGUUUCAAGUACGUUUUUGCAGAGCGUAAAGCGAGGUACCUUGCACAGUGUUGCGAUUUAAGUCUUUGGGAUUCCUUCCUUCCUUCCUUCCUUCCUUCCUUCCUUCCUUCCUUCCUUCCUUCCUUCCUUCCUUCCUUCCUUCCUUCCUUCCUUCCUUCCUUCUUUCUUUCUUUCUUUCUUUCUUUCUUUCUUUCUGACCGUAUAUAGCUUAUUAGGGCUUGACUCUGCUCCUGCCUAGCACAUCACUUCCAUUACGUCUCCGAUUGCUCCUCAGGGAAACAGCAGCAAGCAAGAAAUGGGUGCCCAGUUUUUCUCCCCGUUGUUCGGAGGAAUAACGAAUACACCCCCUACUAUGGAAUAUCCCCAAUUGUACAAUAGCUGGUCGAGGUGCGCUGACAGUGGCGGCCUGGUGCCUUCCCUACAUGAUUGUACAAGCAGAAGGGCACAGGUAAAUCUCUCUUACUCUGCCAGUGGCCCUGAUAUGUUUGGAUUAGUGACCAGCAUCUUACAGGAGCCCAGCGAACAAGAACCUGUUACAGAGUGGAACUCUCUGUCAAGGUUGUUUCCUCCACUUUGGACCUUGGACUUGGAAAAUAAUGGCAGAUGCUCAAGGCCUUUUCCUACCAAAGUUUUGGACAGUGGAAAACUUGCUAACUUAGUUGAUGCACGGAGCCCCUGUGAAGUACAUUUGGAAAAGGCAUUCUCUACAGAAUUGUUGAAUGGGAAGCUCGGUGAUCUGCGUGUGACAGGCACCUGGCCUGCCCCUUCUCAUGCUGUCACUCCAUCGUCUGAUGAGGUUUUGAAGGCUCCUGAUCCAGAAGGCAAGGUUUUCACCUGUGACGGCUUUAGACAGCAGCCCAGCUUUGCACCUGAGCGCAGUUACGAAAAGAAAAAAGUAGAUGCUGGCAAGGGGAACCUUUCCUCGUCACAGCCUAAGAGCAUCAGUAGCACUAACUUUUAUGGAGAAUGUCAGGAGACCGGCGCAACAGGAGCUGUGCUUGGGGCCGGUGAGGCAGGAGGAUCAAGCAGCCGUUUCAUUCAGCUGCCUAAUCCUGCUGUGGACAGGAUAUGGGACCCAGCGGUUCAGGAAAACCGUGUGUCUGCUGAAAGAUGCGCUUACGAAUCCCCACAGUCCCCGUGCUUCCUCGGUCCCACCUUUGAACAAGAAAAUAGCCUUCCUGAAGGAGUGGAUGCAAAACUGCACAAAAACUACUUGCAAAGUUGCCCCAAUAACAUGGGCAUCGUCUUUGACAACAUUGAAAGUAGGACUCCUGCGUAUCCCCCCCAAGACUCCUCUAAUAAUUUAUCUCUGAACCCGGGCCAACCGCAUAAAAAUUCAUCUUACGGUGGAGAUCGGUGCCUUGAGAGCAGAACGUUAAAUCCAGCAGCGGCAUCAUAUGUAACUUACAGAAGGCAGAAGCAAAUAAACCCUCUGUCCUGCGCGUCUUCCGCCCAGCACGCCACAGACCAGCCUUUUCCUUCCCAGGUGGCCUCAGGAAAAAAGGGGAUGCUGCUGGUGGGUACUGAUGCUGCUCGACGCUCAGCGUUUUCCAGUUGCAAGGAAAAUCUUAAGCCACACAAUCCUGUUGGAUGCUCCCGGGGCAACGUGCGGGCUCCUACGCAGGAAUACUUGGGGGAAAUUUCGGCGAACGUUUCCUCCGGUGGUUUGUCACAGCGUCCUUCGGCAAACAAGUCUGCAAAAUGCUGCAGAUUUGACAGUCUGCCAUACAGGGGCCGCGCUGGUGAGAGAACAGGGGAAAAGGAGAGAUGGCGUAAAGCUAAUGGGAUUCCUCACACAGCCUCUGUAGGCCCAGACUGGGCCCAGCUUGAUGCGUUGAGAAGAAGGCAAAAUGAGGCCAACUUGUCUGAUUUCAUCAAUCCAUCUUUCCUUCCUCUCUUCCCCGUAGUGCCUGGUUAUACCAAAAUUCCCAAUUUCCCUGCAUUUCAUCCUCCCUGCUUUUCACCGUCAGCUAAUGCUUCGUUUCCACCUUUGCCCUUGUCUGAAUUGGUUGGCCUUCACUAUGACGAUUUCCCCCAUUUAAGUCCUUUUAUUAGUGACCUCUUUUGUGGAAACGUAGCUGCGCCGGAUCCCGCUUUUUCGCCACGGCUUAGCCACUACAGAUGUGCCAGGAGUCGUGGUGGGCCUGCGCAUGAGCUCCACGUUCACCUGGAGGAAUGUUAUGAACAGUGGAAAGCGUUAGAAAGAGAGCGGAAAAAGGUGACUGGGGUUGUUUUAUGA